CGGAGAAGAGGAUAAACCUCUCUCAGUCAGUGAGUCCCUCUUCCUUUAACCGCCAAACCUUCCCAUUUCCAAUUCUUUUUCCAAGCUCAAUACUCAACAGCUUGAAAGAAGCUGAAAAUGUCGUGCUUUCCUGUUGGCCAACUCUCCUCUAAAUCCCUUCCUCUUCUUUCGCCCGCUCCCAGACUCUCCGCUUUUCCUCUUCAGCCAAUUCGCUCUGCUUUUUCUCCUCCAUUGCUUCUCUCCUUUUCCACCCUUCCUUCUCUCCUUCGCUGCCGCUGCUCCUCUGCCCCUUCUCCCUCUCCUCACGAAGAGGAAUUCCAAGAUUUACUUGAGGUAGAAGAUGAGGAAGAAGAAGAAGAAGAAGAAGAAGAAGAAGAAUCUGAUGACGACUAUGCCUUGGACGUGGACGCCCUAGAAUCCGAAGCCAAGGACGCCUUUCGCCGCUAUGCCUCUUCCUUGUCUCGCCAACUAACCAUCGAGGAUGAGGCAGAUGAUUCCAAGGAGUUGAGUGGAAAGCUGAAGAGACGUAAAAGUGCAAGUAAAAGUAUCCCUGACCAUCUUCUUCCAAGGGUUGCAAUAGUUGGAAGGCCAAAUGUUGGUAAAUCAGCAUUGUUUAAUCGCCUUGUUGGGGGCAACAGGGCCAUUGUGGUGGAUGAACCUGGGGUUACCCGGGAUCGUUUGUAUGGUAGAUCCUUCUGGGGAGAUCAUGAAUUUGUGGUGGUUGAUACUGGAGGGGUCCUAAAUGUGUCAAAGUCACAAGCUAAUGUUAUGGAAGACUUGGCAAUUACAACGACCAUUGGUAUGGAUGGCAUUCCGUUAUUCUCCAGGGAGGCAGCUGUUGCAAGGAUGCCUUCUAUGAUUGAACGGCAAGCUACUGCAGCUGUUGAAGAAGCAUCUGUCAUUAUAUUCCUUGUGGAUGGGCAGGCUGGUCUAACGGCAGCUGAUGCGGAGAUUGCAGACUGGCUUCGAAAAAGCUACUCAAGUAAAUAUAUUGUCCUUGCAGUUAACAAGUGUGAAUCACCCCGAAAGGGAAUCAUGCAAGCAGCGGAGUUUUGGUCAUUGGGGUUCUCACCAGUUCCUAUAUCUGCCUUAUCUGGGACUGGAACUGGGGAGCUUCUUGAUCUUGUUUAUUCAGGGUUGAAAAAGAUUGAGAAUCCAGAAUAUAAGGAUGAGGAAGAAAAUUAUGUUCCUGCAAUUGCAAUUGUUGGUCGACCGAACGUUGGUAAAAGUAGCAUUUUAAAUGCUUUGGUUGGGGAGGAUAGAACAAUUGUGAGCCCAAUCAGUGGUACCACUCGUGAUGCAAUUGAUACAGAAUUUAUUGGACCUGAUGGCCAGAAGUUCCAGCUUAUUGAUACUGCUGGGAUCAGAAGAAGGGCAUCCAUAGCGUCAUCAGGUAGUACCACUGAGGCUUUAUCAGUGAACAGAGCAUUUCGUGCCAUCUGCCGUUCUGAUAUUGUUGCUCUGGUCAUUGAGGCCAUGGCUUGUAUAACUGAACAGGAUACUAGAAUUGCUGAGAGGAUAGAGAAAGAAGGAAAGGGUUGUCUGAUUGUUGUAAACAAAUGGGAUACUAUACCAAACAAAAACCAGCAAACUGCAACAUACUACGAGCAAGAUGUUAGGGAGAAAAUGCGCAUUCUUGAUUGGGCCCCAAUUGUUUAUUCAACUGCAAUAGCUGGUCAGAGUGUUGAAAAGAUAAUUGUUGCAGCUAUUACAGUUGAAAAGGAACGGUCAAGAAGACUUAGUACUGCAAUAUUGAAUCAAGUUAUACAGGAAGCAAUAGCUUUUAAACCGCCUCCUAGGACACGAGGUGGCAGGAGAGGACGUGUUUAUUAUUGUACUCAGGCUGCUAUUAGGCCUCCUACAUUUGUUUUCUUUGUUAAUGAUGCAAAACUAUUCCCGGAGACUUACAGGCGUUAUAUGGAGAAGCAACUUCGUACAGAUGCUGGGUUUGCUGGUACUCCUAUUCGACUUCUUUGGCGAAGCAGAAGAAAAGUGGAAAAGGGUGAAGGCAGGGCCGCAACAAGAACAAGAUCAAAUCUUGCACCACUUGAUGGAAAAGUGGCAUUAACUACAUAAAGAGAUAUUAAUCUUCCUCUCAGGCAGAGAUGGGAGUUUCUUUGUUCUACUCUAGGGCUUUGUUUGAAGAAGUUUCAGGAGGAUGUCUUAUCUUUCUACCUCCAUAAAGGCUGGGUAGUUUGUAUGCAGCAAUCUUAGAAACCCCAGGCUCCAGAAGGUGCAUGUGUCUGAAUUCAAUGUUGAAUACAUACGGAUACCACAUCCAGAUAUUGUUGUAAAUGCUAUAUAAACAAUUAUUUUAAAAGCAGUUCUUCGUAAGCACUCAUCUUGGGAAAGGCACUAUGAAAGAGUAAAGAAGAGAUUGACAGUUCACAUAUGCAUAGUUUAACUGUGAUGAUGAUGUAUGUGGUGGUGGAUACUGUAAUUUAGGAGAGUGAGCUUUGUUGCUAUAGUUGUACACCAUUUCUGAUAUGUUUAUUUAAGAAAGAAUAAGAUGGCUUGUAGUA